GGAGCUGUUCCUUACUUCUACAAACCGGAAGUGUAGACAUGCGCAGUUCAUCAGCUGUUAGCAGCUGCGUUGUCAACCGAAAGACAGGCGUGAUUGUUUUUUUUUUUCUGUUUUUAUUUUUCAGUUUGAGUCUGUAAUUUUUUUAUUUUUACAAAUGGCUGGUACUGCGUUAAAAAGACUGAUGGCUGAGUAUAAGCAGCUGACUCUAAACCCACCCGAGGGGAUCGUUGCAGGCCCUGCAAAUGAAGAGAACUUCUUUGAGUGGGAGGCUUUAAUUAUGGGUCCAGAGGAUACCUGUUUUGAAGGCGGAGUAUUUCCAGCCCUCCUCUCUUUCCCGUCAGACUACCCACUCAGUCCUCCUAAGAUGAGAUUCACCUGUGACAUGUUUCACCCAAACAUUUACCCAGAUGGCCGUGUGUGUAUCUCUAUCCUGCAUGCUCCGGGAGAUGACCCUAUGGGCUACGAGAGCAGUGCUGAGAGAUGGAGUCCUGUCCAGAGUGUGGAGAAAAUCCUACUGUCUGUAGUCAGUAUGUUAGCAGAGCCCAACGAUGAGAGUGGAGCGAACGUUGAUGCUUCAAAGAUGUGGCGCGAGGACAGGGACCAGUUCUACAGCCUGGCCCAACAGAUCGUCCGCAAGUCCCUGGGUCUCUAACAACAACGGCGGUCCCAAAAUGGCACCCUAUUCCCUAUAGCGCGUACUACUUUAGACGAGAAAAAAAGUUCAAUGAGCCCUGGUUAAAAGUAGUGCACUAUAAAGGGAACGGUGUGCCAUCUGAAACCAAUCUGUAAGGUUCCAACCUACCGCUUCCAUUUCACCUCAACAUGUCGCCAGGACAGGAAGUUGUCAUAACCAGGAAGUUACAGGAGACUACAGUGACAAUUAGACUAGCUAGUAAGCAUGGGAGACGGCAGAUGUCUGAUUUGCUCCAUCUCUGGCUGUUUCCAUGGGUAUGAUGAACCCCCGCCCCCCAAAAAAAACGAAAAAAAAACAUUUGACUCAAAUGACCCGUUUUUUGUUCCGUUGUCAGCCUUCUCUCUCUCUCUCUCUCUUUAUAUUGUUUUCUCCAAAGGAAUAUGUUUAGCUUGUUACUACCCAGAAUACCAUUCACUCUGUAAUAUGGCUACGUAGAGGUGCUGUGACUCAUUUCGAAUAGUAAAUACAUAAUAAAAGUGUUUGUGAGAA